GUAGUCAAAUCAAGAUGGAACGUGUGACCGUUCGAAUGGCUCGUUCGGAUCGCCGAACUCCAUGGGGGUUCGGUGUGACAGAAGCCCCAGAUGGAGCUGUUCUUAUUGUUAAUGUAAUAGGUGGUAGCUUAGCUGAUCGUGCCGGUCUUCGUAAUGGAGAUGUUGUUGAUCGUUUGGAAGAUCUUGACAAUUUGGACAUAAACGCUGUUGAUAGACUUCUAGUUACAGCUCAUGAGAAGAUUGAACUUAUUGUUACCAGGCAACCAUCCGGUGCAGCCACCAGAAUUUGGCGUCCAGAAGUAACUGAAAAUACUGGACCAGGACAGGAUCAAACCCCAUAUCGUGUCAAUUUGCAGCAUAGCAGUGAUACCCGUCCACCACAAGGUUUCAACAAUUCAGCACUUCCUUUUGAAACAGAUCAACGUGUGAAACAUAUGCAAUACAAUUCUCCAUUGGGAAUUUAUUCCGAUAAGUCUGCAGCUGAGCAAUAUGUUCAACAAACUCAAGGAUUGGGAGAUAAUUCAGGAGCCCGUGCUGCUGCGCAACGUCAAGACGAGCCAGCAUAUCUGAGAAGUGAAACUCUUCGACUUCUUAAAGAACAAGAACAUGGCUCAGCUGGUGGUGCUGGAACAACUCUUUCGAAUCAUCCAAAUCCAAGUGGGCUUCCAGUCUGUUUUAUGUGCACUCGACCUAUUCUUGGAGUGAUGGCUCGUGCAGCUGGAAAGAAUCUCCACGGCGACUGCCUGUCGUGUGCUACUUGUGGAAACUCCUUGAGAAACGUUGGGCAUCAUUUCAUUGAGGACAAGUUCUACUGUGACAUUCACGGAACUCAGAGAAAGCACGGAGGACGACCAGGGAUGGAUCCAAACAUUUUUGUAAAGUCAUCUCCAACUGCUGCUCAACCUGUUCAUAUCCAAGAUAGUCCACGUGCCGCUUAUCAUCCACAAGUCAACACUGCUCGUCCCGUAUCCGUAUCUCCUGCUCCAUCGGCAGGAAGCAAGACUGUUACUACUCAUUAUCAUACUCCAAAAACUCAAGGCAUCCUUAGUCCUGGACAACGUGGAGUUCCAACUGCAGCUUUUGGCGCAGAUCUUUCAAAGUCUGUGACCUAUGGAGGAGGUGUUGGUCCAGGUGGUACUCAUUACGAUUCUAACCGCUUGUCACCAGCUCCAUCUCAAUACUCGACACAAUCACGGAAUCAAAGCCAACAACACUAUCAACAACAUGUUGUUCAAGCUCCACCACCAGUACCGUCAAAUCCACCACCUUCAAAUGAGCAGCAAUCACAAUCACGUGUCCAGAAUCUUCCGGAUUCUGUUAGAUCGGCAGUAUCGCCAAGACGAUCCGGAAAAUCACCAAGACAAUGGCCACCUCCGGCAAUGCCAACAACUAAUCGAUAUUGGCAAAUCGAUCCAGCAGACGCACUGAAAAAAGAGAAAGUGAAUUAUGGAGAAGAUUUAGUGGCAUUAAUUAAAGAAGUAGAGCAGAGUAAAGAAAAAGAGCCAAAAGUUAAGAAAGAGCCCAAGAAAGGAACACGGGGAGCCAGAAGAGCAUCAAAUAUUAGUAAAGAGCAAGUGCAGCAAGCUUUCGAAGAACAACGGAAGAGAACAGAGCGGAAAGAAAUCAAGAAACUGGAAAAGGAAAUCAAACCAAAACCAGAAUUGAAGGUUGAAGUACCAGUUGAGCCACUCGUUGUUCCUACAUCUAAACCUUUGGAAGAACCUUGUCCAGAAGCUCUACCACCACCCAAGAUUAACGACGGAAUUCAUUGGACUGUUAUUCAUAGCCCUGUACUUCGUUCACCUAGUCCGGCAAAGGUUACUUCUGAAGCAGCAAUCCCUGAAAGCAAUGGUGUAGUGAAGCCGAUUCCAAGUUAUGCUUCUCAACCAAUUGGAAUAUCUAAAACAUCAACACCUCAACCAUUUAGACCAGGAUCCCAAGUAGAACGACCUCAUUAUUCGUCCGUUGGUCUCAAAGAUGUACAUGCUCCAGUACCACUUCCUCGAUCACCUCAGCAUUCACCUCAACCAGUGCAGAGCUACAUUGUUCGGAGUAGUGAUGCAAACGUAACAACUUCUACAAAUCUGCAGACUACUGUAACUAGACAAUACACGGAAAAUGACAACAAGUCACAAUUCUUACAACAACCGCAUCCGGAUACCAUUGAUUCCAGCACAUCGCCAAUUCCAACUAUUCGAUUGAAUCGUCACACGAAACCAGAGCCAUCGACGCCUUUAUCAGUGCCAACUGUGUCCAUAAAUGAUAUUGCAACUUCUCCAAUUAAAAUUACAGAACCAUCAAGACCAUGGCGGGCAUCUGUUUCAAACUCUGCAACAUCCCCAAUUAAAAUUCACGAAUCUCGAGUCCAGCCCGUAGAUGAAUCAAGAGGCCUUCACAGACAUGAAGAGAAGGCUCAAAUUGAAACAUCAACUAUUAAAAUCCACGAACCAUCGUCUCCACCACCAUCCGUUCAUAAGUUUGGAGCAGUCAACACUAGAGCUGCACCAGCACCAGUUCAGUUCAUGCAAACACCAAGAAUCGCGGUAAAAAUUCAUGAACCUACUGGACCAUCACCGACGCCUCCAUCAACUCCUUCUCAUCCGAUUAAACGGGACCCAAAGCAUUUCAAGAAAGUUGAUUUCUCAAAAACUAGCCCAACGGUGAUCCCAGAAUGGAAAGAUUCUGCCGAUAUUGUUGAUGAGUCGGAUAUUCUCACAGAGUGCUCAAGAGAAGACGACAGUAUAUCAUUUCUCAAAGCAGCAACUUAUGAUGGAGAUGAAUCAGAAAUGAUUGAUAAUAAUAUUGAUAAUAAAAGUGAUAUUACAAGUACUUUUGACAUUGAAGAGGAAGAGGUUGACGUGGUUCAAGAUAGAGAAAGAAUUCGUGUAGUUGGAAGAAAGGGUGGAGAAGGUGGAGAAGCUGAAAAACAAUGGAGACAAAGAGCAAUGGAAUUGUUGGAUGACGAUGCACAGACUGAAAGAGACUUAAGAAUUGUAGCAGCGUUAAAUGAAAGAUUGCAAGGCCUCCGAGAAAUGGAAGACGAUGAUCGUGUCCGCGCCAUUGAAUGCAUUGCUCGUCACCAAAGUGAACUGGAGCAGACACAAACACAGCUGAGCACCCUUCUUGAGUCAGCUAUUGUGUAUCUACAAAAUCUGAGGCCAGAACUAGAGCUCACCGAGCCAAUCGACAAUGAUGCCAAGAGUCUUGAAACAGUGAAGUUCGAACCAACGCGAGCCGAACAACGAGUAAAUGAGAUUCGAAAAAAAGUUUUAGAGGAUUUGGAACAUCUUCCAAUUCUUGGAGACGGUAUGGACAGUGUUCCACCCCCACCACCCGAACGAAAAGUAUUCCCAUUCCAAUCUUAUCAGCCAAUAGCUCCACAGUUUCCAGUACCUGCUGCAGAAUCACCAGUUACUCAAAGUUUGCAUGAUGUGCUUGAUGAGUUCUAUUCACUUCGGAAACCGACACCAACUCAAAACGUGGCACAAUCCUCAGAUACUACAGCAGAAGAUUCGAGAAAUUUCUUAGCGUCCAGACUUGGUCAGGUUAUGAUUGAUGAGAACAAGAAAGCAGGUGGUUCAAAUGGUUCAAGUCAACAUCAUAAUCAACAGGGUUCCUCAUACACAAAAACGAGUUUCGAACGAACUACAACUGAGACACGUCCCCAACAAAAUACCGGGGCUCCGAGAGCAGGUGAUUUUCGUGGAACUGGGCACUUAACUACUACUACAACAACUCAACAAAAUGGAGGACGAGCACCAUUUUGUGAGUCUUGCAAACAACAGAUUCGUGGUGCAUUCGUCCUUGCAACUGGAAAAUCAUGGUGCCCUGAGCACUUUGUGUGUGCCAAUUCCUCAUGCCGCCGACGUCUCCUUGAAUGCGGAUUUGUCGAAGAAGAUGGUCAAAAAUUCUGUGAAUCAUGUUUCGAGCAACAUAUUGCUCCACGGUGCAACAAAUGCUCUAAACCAAUCAUCUCGGAUUGUUUGAAUGCGCUACAGAAGAAGUGGCAUCCAACAUGCUUCACUUGUGCACAUUGUCAGAAACCGUUUGGAAACAGUGCAUUUUAUUUGGAGCAAGGUCUUCCAUACUGUGAGCAAGAUUGGAAUGCCCUGUUCACAACAAAAUGUGUCAGUUGUCGUUAUCCAAUUGAAGCUGGUGAUCGAUGGGUUGAGGCAUUGGGAAAUGCAUUCCAUUCUAAUUGCUUCACUUGUGCCCGUUGCAAUCACAACCUGGAAGGCGAGAGUUUCUUCGCCAAAAAUGGUCAACCAUUCUGCCGACUUCACGCUUAGUUCUGCCUUUUUAAUAAUUCUUCAUUUCCAAUUUAAUCAAUUUGAUUUUUAUAUUUUGAACCUUCAAAAACUGCUCUGCCUUCUAUUUUGUAUGUCACAAAAUUUUUCAUUUUCAUUUCCCAAAAUGUUCAGUUAUUUAAUAUGAGACAAUGUUUCCAUUUUUAUUUCUAUUCUCACUAAUAAACGUUACUUUUUCAU